UUUUUCCAUAAAUGAUGUGAUAGACAGGAAAACUGAGAAACUUCAUGAUUAGUGUUGUCUCUUUAUUACAAGCCGUGUCUCAUUGGGGUCUUACAGGGGGGUGCACAGAAAAUCCUGGAGCCAGAAAAGAGGACAGCAUCUCUGAUUAACCUCACUGCAAAGAUGUUGUAUCUGGAAAACAGUGCUCAGGCUCAGUAUAGUGAGCCACAAUAUACUAACUUGGGGCUCCUGAAUAGCAUGGAACAGCAGAUCCAGAAUGGGUCUUCUUCCACAAGUCCUUAUGCCAACGACCAUGCUCAAAACAGCGUCACAGCUCCGUCACCAUAUGCCCAGCCAAGCUCUACCUUUGAUGCCCUCUCCCCUUCUCCAGCCAUCCCAUCUAACACAGAUUAUCCUGGACCCCACAGCUUUGAUGUAUCAUUUCAGCAGUCCAGCACAGCUAAGUCAGCCACUUGGACGUAUUCCACAGAUCUAAAGAAGCUUUACUGUCAGAUUGCCAAAACCUGCCCAAUCCAAGUCAAAGUAAUGACUCCGCCACCCCAGGGAGCUGUAGUUCGGGCCAUGCCUGUGUACAAGAAAGCAGAACACGUCACAGAAGUUGUGAAGCGAUGUCCGAACCACGAGCUGAGCCGAGAAUUUAAUGAGGGACAAAUUGCUCCCCCUAGUCAUCUGAUCAGAGUGGAGGGCAAUAGCCAUGCCCAGUAUGUGGAAGAUCCAAUUACUGGAAGACAAAGUGUUCUGGUACCAUAUGAACCCCCACAGGUUGGUACAGAAUUCACAACAAUAUUAUACAACUUUAUGUGCAACAGCAGCUGUGUUGGGGGGAUGAAUCGGAGACCUAUACUCAUCAUAGUUACACUGGAAACAAGAGAUGGUCAGGUGCUGGGUCGACGGUGUUUUGAGGCUCGUAUAUGCGCUUGUCCAGGCAGAGAUCGCAAGGCAGAUGAAGACAGCAUCAGAAAACAGCAAGUUUCCGACAGCACAAAGAAUGGAGAAGCUUUUCGACAAAGUACGCACGGCAUUCAAAUGACUUCCAUUAAAAAGCGCCGAUCGCCAGACGAUGAAGUUCUGUACUUGCCGGUAAAAGGCCGAGAAAUUUAUGAAAUGUUGCUAAAAAUCAAAGAAUCAUUGGAGCUCAUGCAAUUCCUUCCGCAACACACAAUUGAGAGCUACAGACAGCAGCAACAACAUUUGCUACAGAAGCAGGACAGAAGCCUACAGAGCAACAUGAAUGGCCCACGAAACACAGGGAGGAGUGACACUUUCUCCAUACAACAUUGGCAAAAAAGAAUGCCGAACAGCCCCAACUACAUGGAACAAACUUUAAAGCAUUCUCCAAUAGAUCAAGAUCUCAGAGAUGAAACUUACCUAAAUGAACGAUCUUCAUUGCCAGGGCAGUCUUCAUUUGGAUCUACAUCCCCACCACUUGGCAAAAUGAAUAACAUGAACAAGCUUCCCUCUGUCAGUCAGCUAAUGAAUCCACAGCAGAGGAAUUCUCUUACCCCAAAUGCCAUGUCGGAUGGAAUGGGAGCAAACAUUCCAAUGAUGAGCACCCACAUGCCCAUGACCAGUGAUCUUAAUGGACUCAGUCCCUCUCAAACAUUGCCUCCAUCAUUAUCAUUGCCAUCCACAUCACAUUGCACUCCUCCUCCUCCGUACCCCUCAGACUGCAGCAUUGCCAGUUUUUUAGCGAGAUUGGGAUGUUCAUCCUGUCUGGAUUACUUCACUACCCAGGGCCUGAACACCAUCUAUCAGAUUGAAAAUUACUCCAUUGAGGACUUAGCAUCCCUGAAGAUUCCAGAUCAGUUCCGGCAUGCCAUCUGGAAAGGUCUCAUGGAGCACCGGCAGAUGCAUGACUUCACGUCCCCUCCUCACUUGCUUCGCACCACUAGCAGUGCGUCCACAGUAAGCGUAGGGUCCAAUGAGCCCCGUGGGGAGAGAGUCAUUGAUGCUGUACGAUUCACACUAAGGCAAACCAUCUCAUUCCCCCCAAGAGAUGACUGGAAUGACUUCAAUUUCGACUUGGACACCCGCAGAAAUAAGCAGCAGCGUAUUAAGGAAGAGGGCGAGUGAACAUCCCCAUUUGUCUCUUUCUAUAUAUAAUUACUGAACGUAUAUAGUAGCUUCUCUUCACUGAAGCAGAUUGGGGUGACCCACUACUAUAUGAUGAAUAGACCACAGUACUAAAUGAUAAUGUAAUUGCUUUGGUAUUUUGGCUAUAAAGUUACUCUUCAUUCAGUUAGUUUGAGCCUAAUCCAAGAAAACUUUUUCUGUAUAGGUGUAUCCAUUAAAAUAGCCCUGAAUUGAGUAGCCAAUACAUUAUAGCAGGAUUGCCCUUUGCAUUGGGUAGCUUGGAUUAAAUAUACAGGCAUAUUUGUGUAGGUGCAUAUCUGAGAGCACUUGAGUUUUGUAUGUUUAGGGUUUUAAUGAAUGAUAAGUGUCCUACAACCCAGAAAGCACUUUGACAGUCCAACAAAGCAGUCUUUUGAAGUGUUUCUCACCUGCCUUUCUGCCAUUAAUCAGUUGUCAGACCUUUCCAUUUUACAACUGAGCAGGAAGUCAUUUCUAUAUUGAGGAAAACCACAAAUAAGAUUUAUUAACCCGCUGGCGUAUAAUAGAUUGACACAUUUCAUCACAGGAGCUGACUGUGCUAAACAGUCCGCAGCUCAGUGGUUCCCAGAUUGUGGGGCUUCCUAAGAGUCUAAGGAACAUAGCCAGCAGGACAUACUGAGAAAUGACUGCUUUCCUUGCUAGAUUUUCCUUGAAGCCCCAUAUAGAUGAGUAAGUGAGGAUACCACAAUAUUGUAAUAUAUCUGUAAAACUGCUACUAGCCAAUGUUGGUCAACAAUAAUGACUGCUAUAGCUUGAAUUUUAGAUACAGAUGGGGCAGCAGGGGUGGAAUGGCGAAUUUAACUUAACACCCCACUUGUUGGUUUGAAGGCUGAUUAACAAUGCACUAGGCACAGAUAAUAAAACAAAACAUGGAUCACUUUGUAGCCCAGUACAUCUCUAGUAAUAGAGACACUUUCAUAGGUUUCAUCAACUGUAUUUUAGUUCAUUCACUUUAAGACCCCCGUUACUAGUGGAAAGUGCCAAGACAAAGCGCACUCUAUACAGAACCUUCGCUUUAAAGGAUAUUGUUAAAUAGUAAUAUGUAACUGCCUGUUUUAGCUGCUUAAAGCUCUUUUUCAUUGGGAACCCUUUUAUUUUGUCAUUUAGAAGGCCAUAUUUUGUUUAUUUACACAAUGACUACACUGCCAACCAUUUAAAAGCGAAUCCCUCAGUUCUAUACUUCCACAUAUUGUACAGUGUAUAUAUAUAAAUAUAUAUUAUAUGUAUAAUUAUGAUUCUGAUAUAUUGUUUUGGAUUUAUUUUGAAUUAACUUUUGUUUGGGAUAGCAGGUUAUCCAGUAUAACAAAUCAAAUAUAUAAUGUAAAUGCUAGGUGGCAAAACAGCAAAACAUUUUUUUUUUGCAUCCAAUACAGACUCUCCAUAUGUCCUAGAUUUCAAAAAUAUCACUGCUUGUAAAAGCCAUAACGUGUGUCCACUGCAGGAAAGUCUAAACUAUUCAUAGGAGAAUUCUAUGGCACCCAUCACUGCCGCAUCAACUUUGUUUCUUGCAAGGCUCAUCAGUGGGUUUUAGGUAGAUCAUCCGGGAUGUGCAGCCUGCAGCCCUCCUGCUAUUCUUCUCUUGGUUGUUGGCACAGUGCUGGAGAUGGCAGUUGAGCCACAGCUGGAGGCUGGAAAUCAAAACUAACAAUUUUUUUUCCUUAAUUUUUGAAUUUGGACAAAUAUUGAAUUCUCCCCCAAAUACCAAACUCUCUUGAACUCUCUCCAAAUAUAAGAAACAGUUGCAUCAUCUUUAAACCAGAAUGGCACUGGUCAUUUGCAAUGACCUAAGGUUCCAAUUUGAAUUCAGCUGAACAUUUAGGAGUUGGAUGAUUCUAAAUCAGUGCUGGGAUUUGGACAAAUUCUGCAUCCCUAAGUUUUAUAUGUAUUUUUUGCAAUAUCUUUACCCCUUAGGGGUCCUUCUGAUGCUGGAGCCAUAUGUCCUUUUUGCCUUACAUUAAAAUCUGAAAAAUCUCUUGAAACGGUACUGUACUGUAUAUCAUCCAUUGUGUAUAAGCUGCCUAACUGCUGUGAAACAUAGAAGUUCAGUUCUAUUAAUCACGCUUUUCCUGCAUAUUGAUCUUAUUUUCUAUGAAAAACUGGAAAUAGAAAAAGAAUCUACACUGCCAGCAUUUAACUGUUUUUAAUGUACAUAUUUGUUUUGUAUGUUGUCAAGAAAUACAAUUUAUUCAAGAAAAAUAAAAUAAAUAUAAAGAA